CUGAUACAAGCGACGAUCUCGCCUGUUUUUGUGCAAAAAUUCUCACGAGGAAAGUUAUUUUUAUCAAAAAAGAGGAAAAAUCACAAAAUAAUGGCAGCUGUAAUACGCGUUAAGCGGAGAGUUGACGAAGAACCCCUCAAUGCAUUUGUUCUCAAUUGCAAAAGGCGAAAGGUUAGUCAGGAAAAUGCCUCAGAAGCUGGGGCGUCGUCCUCAAACAACGAACACACGAAGGAGGAAACCUGCACAAUACUCAAAUUCGCAGGAACUGUGGAAACUCAGGAUGAGGGACUGGCGAGUCGCAUUACGAAGAUGUCAAUGGAGGAGGCAAAGGAGCGCAUUGGGAAGACACGUCUGCCACAGCCAGUUGCCAGAGCGAGAGACACACAGCGGCAGAAGGCACAUGAGGAGAGAUUUAAGAUUGUCAAUUGCUCCCGGGCGGUGGAUGCAUCGUGUAGUGGCGAUGAGAAAGCUGUAACAAUCUUGGAUAUUGAGAAGCAAGCUGCAGCACUGCCAAACAGCGAAGCAGUUGCUGCUGCUCAGACGAAUCCAACAUCAAUAGAUCCCAAAGGUGCAGAGGAAAUGGUUAUCUCGUCCUACGUGUAUGACCUGUAUGUGUCGGAAUUGGGAGAUCUUGGUCAUGACAUUGAUGAUGGCAUGUUGGAGCAUCAGCUGAGUGUCCGUCCUUUUGAUGACCUCAUCUACGGCAGUCAUCGGGAUAAUGGUUUAGCGGGGCAGGAUAGUGAUGAAGAUGAUGAGUCAGAUGAUUCAAAUGAUGAGAAUAACUGGAGGAAUGACUAUCCGGACUCAGAUCCAGAUUCCAGCAUAGAUGAACGCGAUAUGCGACGAGCUGUGGAGAAAUUCAACUUGGACACGGAUGACCUUUCAACGGAUGACGAUGACUACGAGUACAAUGACUCAGGGCACACAGAGAGGGAUGAAUACUGGCAGGAUUGCGAUGAUUCGGACGACAGCAUAAAGGGUCGAGACUACGAGCGAUAUCACAGAAUGCUCAGACUAAUGGAACAAAGUGGGCGUGAUGAAUAACCCCACAUCCCCAGAAAAAGCCAUAAAAUCCUUCUACUGUUCUUUAUUUUUUUCUAAAUGAAAAUAUUACAACCAAAAUAUAUUUUUUAUCCUUUUGAAAAUUUAUAUAAAAUGGUCUCAAAAGCCA